UUUCUUUGAAAAUAUCUUACAAUACAAAUAUGUCACAAGUUUCAAUCUAUCAAACUCAACCAUUUGGUCCCAACAGAAGCAUGAGACGUCAAUUAGAACGCUCACAUACCAAAAUUCAACGUCGCGAAGAAAAGAAAUUACAGAAAAAUGCUCCCAAUGGCAGCAAGUACAAUUCUAAAAAGUCUCAUAAAAUCGUACCGCUCAAGCCAAGUGCCUCUUUCAAGAAACCACUGAUUACCUCUCAGGCCAAAAACAAUAAAACGGAUACUCCUAUUAAUGAGAUAUCGGAAGAAACCGAAGUAAUAGGUGAGAUUGAGGUAGCGCCUCAGGUUGUAACAGUAACCAGAGAUGUGAUCACUGAAAAUACUACAUUGGACUUGGAAAAAAUGAAUGAAGAUGAUAAUCAGUCUUCUACACAGGAUGAUGGUAGCCAGGAGCCAAAGACUGUUUCAUCAGAAAUUGUUGCUUCUUCCCAAAUAAGCCUGGAAAGCAAAAUUCAUGAUGAUCCUUAUGAAUGUGCAACAGUAGCGACUACAGCAACAGAAGAUGAAACACUCUUAACUGCAGGUUCAAUUUGUGACACAAAUCAAGUUCCCAACAAACAGAUGAAGGACACUAGCUCCCAAGAAGACUCGGAUGCAAGCACAAUUUCCGAAAAUAUAACUCCCACUCCCUCAUGUUCUUCAGAGAAAAAGAAGUCAAAGACAUCGCUCUUCAAGUUAUUUAAUCACAAAAAUUUAUCAAAAUUGUCAAUCAAAGCAAUGACACCAUCUACUACGGAAGAGCCAAAAAAGACAACCGAGAAAAAGAAAGGAAAAGUCAAAACUUGGAAGAAGUUGCUCAAAAAAUUGUAAAAAUUCCAUAUCAUCUCCGAAUGAAAACAAAAUAAAAAUACAUGUGUUGAC